AGUUGGUUAUGAACGUAUACAAUAAAUCCUAAUUUCAAGUAACACUUCACUUGUACGACAGUCCAUUUUGCAAGGUUCAAUUAUGAAUUUAGGAUUAAAAUUCAUUAAGGUUUUAAUCUUUUCUACAAAUGUCAUGUUUACAUUUGGAGACAAUAGUUGGAUUUGCACGGCAAAGGCAGAUUCAAUUGCGUCUUCUUCAGCCUUUACAAACCUGGAGAAAAGGUUCAAAGCGUUGGAGAUGCAAAUGAAACAGUUCCAAAGGCUGAGCCAAAUGAAUGGGAUAAAUACAUACACGACAAUCGACGGAUUUCCUAAAGAAUGUGAAGAAAUUUAUGAAAAUGGUACACGAACUGAUGGCAUGUAUAUGAUCUCGCCUGACGGAAGAUGUCCUUUUCUUGUUUACUGUGACAUGAAGAAUGGCGGCUGGACAGUUAUUCAGCGGCGCGUUGACGGACGUAUUAGCUUCUACAGACCAUGGAGAGAGUACGUUACUGGGUUUGGUGAUAUUGACGGGUCGUUUUGGCUUGGCCUGGAGAAAAUACACCGCCUAACAAGAGACGGAUCUCGGAUAUAUUUUGAUAUGGAAAACUAUGACGGUUCAAGAGAUUAUGCGCAUUAUAACGUUUUCACCGUUCACGAGGCAGCGACAGCAUACAGAAUGAAUGUUGAUGCCUUUGGAUACAGGGGUUCUAUCAAAGAGCUCCUAAGUUACCAUGACAACCAACGAUUUUCUACCUAUGACAGAGAUAAUGAUGAUUCCUCAUCUAACUGUUGUAAAGACCUUGAUGGAGGUGGAUGGUGGUAUAAGGCAUGCUACAAGCUUGGCAACUUUAACGGGGUGUAUGGGAAAAGAGAGAUGGGAGGUGUAGGUUAUUACACAGGGGUUGAUGUACAGAUUAGGAAUGUUGAAAUCAAAGUGAAAGCUAUGCACGGUGUUUGUUAAUUGUUUGCUAUUUGAAUGUUAGUUCUAAUAAAGUUUUUGAUUUGUUUGUGAUGGAGAAACGGAAUGUGUGAAGAGGCCAUGCUGUCUAGGAACUGUUUAAAAUACGUAGUUUUGAUUAUCAAAGCAAACAUACAAGAUUUUUUUUUAUAUUCUGAAAUAAAUCUAUGCAUUCCAUGCAUUU